GAUGUAUUUAAGCGCUUAAAACCUCUAUUAGGGUCGUCCUUGGGACUACUACUGUCUGCAACUAACAAAAAAAGCUCUUUCUUUUCUGGGGCUCUCUCUUUUUCUAAAGCUCUCUCCUCAAUUCUUACCAUUCUUCUGAGUUGUCAGAUGAACACCUCUCUCUCUCUCUUUUCAAAUUCAUCAUCACUUUUUUGCUGUCUUUGAUUGAAAAUCUAUGAUGGGUUUUCUUCUUUUCUUCUUCUUCUUAUAACAGAUCCAUAGUUUGUUUCAAUAUCUACCGUUCUCUGUUCUUGAUAUAUGUACAUAACAGUGGUUUCAUAUCUCUGUUCGCUUAUGAUUUUGUUAAUAAUUAAGAAAAAUCAGCAAUUUUUUUCAUGCUGAUUUAAGAUAUCUCUCUCUUUUGCAUUUUCCUCUGUUUUUUAUUUGAGGAUCUUCUUCUUCUUCUUCUUUUUUCUUUAUCAUAUAUAAAAACGACAUGUCGUACAGAGCUUUGCAGAAAACCAGAUUUGAAACGACAAUCUGGGCAGGAAAGCUUUUACUGCUUUUAGCCGGAAUGGUAUCGACUCUGACAUUGGUAAAGGCGGCAGUGAUCCCUUUCGUCGUUGAUCUGACUCUCUCGACUGUUCCCCAGAUUUGGUUGUCGUUUAAGAGUUGGGUUAUGUCUCCACUUUACAUCUACAUCGUCGUUAAUUUCAUCAUCGUCGCCAUUGCUGCCUCAUCCACCUAUCAACCCAGUAACGACGACAAUAACAAAAAGACCACCGACCACUUAAUUUUUCAUUCCCAAUCCCAACAACAAAAAUCAACUCAGUCUCCAACCAAUACUUUAUCUUUAAUCGAGGAAGAAAAAACGGUUACUGUUGUACCUACUGAGCUACUAUUCCACGGCGACCCAUCACCGGAAAUAAACUCCGGUGACUAUUCCGUUCAAAACCCAACAGUGGAUUGUCAAGAAGAUGAAGCUGAAGAGAAAUCAGUAACGAAUUUAAUCACUAAAGACAGUUCAUUAUUGCUCGGCAACCCAUCGCCGGAGACAAAAUCCGACGACUAUCCCGACGAGAAUAAGAAGGAAGAGGAUAAUAGCUCGCUUGAAGAGACAUGGAAGGCCAUCUCGGCGGGAAGGAAACUGAAGAAGAGUGAGAGUUGGGACGUGGCGCCGCGGCUGGUGAGAGCCGAUGGAGAUGAAAAUGACUAUGGUUUGAAGAAGAUGAACGGUGAGGAUGAUCCGGCGGUUUGGGCACGGCGGGAGAUGAGAAAGUCGGAGACUUUCAGUGAUAGGGUGUCGUUGAGGAGAGAAAAGUCAAUGAGUCAAGAGGAAUUAAACAAGAGAGCCGAAGCUUUCAUUAAAAAAGUCAACAACGAUAUUCGUCUCCAGAGACUCGAAUCUGAACAACGCUUCUUCGACAUGGUCAACCGAGGUCUCUAGCUUUAUUUUCUUUUUCUUUUUUUUGAUUAAAUUAAAUUAAUAAUAUAUUAUGUUAUUAUUAUUAGUAAGGUAAUGAGUUUGUGAGUUUUUUUUUUAGAAAUUUAUAUAUUUUUUUUUUUGAGUUUGUAGUUUUUGUGAGUGGUGGUUACUAAUGUUUAAAUUUGGUUCUCAUUAUUCUGUCUAUGUGUCAAUACUCAAUAGUUGGUGGGAAACUACAAAAUUAAACUACCAAAUUAUAUAUA